AUGGUUCUCAAAGAAGUCAGUUUUCUCCUAUCGCUUUGUCAACCCUCGUCCAAAAUCCAUUUCGAACAAAACCGUGCUCCAAAUCCCCGGCUAGAUCUCGAUCCCUCGAUGAAGCUGUCGAACCCAACACGCCCUACGAGCCGACGAGAUUGGGCGACCACCAUGGUGGAGAACGGCCUCCCACGCGAAUUCGAUGUGUUGGUCAACAUUCGUCCGGACCCGGACAGUGACACAUCCGACAUUAGCCCCCGUCGUCGCGACCGCGAAGCCUCAUCCUCGUCUGAAUCUUCCUCCUCGGAAGACCAUGGCCCGCCGCAGGAGCCGUGGUUGAUCAACCAGCAUCCGUCGUUAUGCCAUGACGAGUGGUGCGGUUUGGACAAACACGGCGAUACUGUCACAUAUCCAGGCAACGGAGCUAAUUUUCCCGAGGGCUACCAGCCCAAUUGGGACCAGUCCAAGCCAUUCAGAUACCCCAUCGUAAAUUGUCACCUAGCAUUCGAAUUCGGGAGAGAUACCCAUCUUAUCCAGCGCCAAACUCGCUACGAUUUCAUGAAUCCACUAUUCAUCGGUCAGCUUUCGCUCUGA